UGGCCCCCGCGGACCGCCGUAGAUCCCUGGGGGUGGUCGCCAGACCCCUGCGGGCCACCGUAGGUCCCUGAGGUCCUCCAUGACCCCCGUGAGCCGCCGUAGGGGCGCCCUUCUCAGCUUCUGCUCCCAAGAUGGCUACCGGGCUGUCCUCCUCCCGGCGCUCUCUCUGAGGAGGUCCCGGCAGCAAGUGCGGGGCGCAAACUUCGCGUUCCGCCGCCACCGCGGCCUAGAGGCGGGGAGUGGCCGGCCGGCCGGCGCUGCACGAACCGUCUCACGGGGCGGGGCGUCGGCCCCUUCCGGGGAUGGGUUCCGGCGCCCGAGUCGGCCCAACUCUGCCCUGGCUCCUCCCCGCUCGGGCGGGCGCUCCGCCGUGUCCCCGCCCGCCAGUCCGCCCGGCCCGGCUGGCUGCAGACCGGCCCUGGGCGGCCGCGCGGGGAGCUGUAAACCAGCGGGCGUCCGGAGGCGUCAGCACAGUCGCUAGCCCGCGGCGGGUCCCGGGCUACGACCGGACCGGGGCGAAAAGGCAACGGCACCAUGUUCUCCCUCAAGCCGCCCAGACCCACGUUCAAGUCCUACCUCCUGCCGCCGCCCCAGACUGACGAUAAGAUUAAUUCGGAACCGAAGAUUAAAAAACUGGAACCGGUCCUUUUGCCAGGAGAAAUUGUUGUAAAUGAAGUCAAUUUUGUGAGAAAAUGCAUUGCAACAGACACCAGUCAGUACGAUUUGUGGGGAAAGCUGAUCUGCACCAACUUCAAAAUCUCCUUCAUCACGGACGACCCGAUGCCACUGCAGAAAUUCCAUUUCAGGAACCUCCUUCUUGGUGAACACGAUGUCCCAUUAACAUGCAUCGAGCAAAUCGUCACAGUAAAUGACCAUAAGAGGAAGCAGAAAGUCCUGGGCCCCAACCAGAAACUGAAGUUUAAUCCAACUGAGUUGAUUAUUUACUGUAAAGAUUUCAGAAUUGUCAGAUUUCGCUUCGACGAAUCAGGUCCUGAAAGUGCCAAAAAGGUAUGCCUUGCAAUAGCUCAUUAUUCCCAGCCAACAGACCUCCAGCUACUCUUUGCAUUUGAAUAUGUUGGGAAAAAAUACCACAAUUCAGCCAACAAAAUCAACGGGGUGCCCACGGGAGGCGGCAGCCAGAAGACCCCGCUCUUUGAGACGUACUCCGACUGGGACCGAGAGGUCAAAAGGACAGGCGCUGCCGGGUGGAGGGUCUGCUCCAUCAACGAGGGCUACAUGAUAUCCACGUGCCUUCCCGAGUACUUUGUCGUGCCAAGUUCCUUAGCAGACCAAGACCUGAAGACCUUUUCCCACUCUUUUGUCGGGAGGAGGAUGCCGCUCUGGUGUUGGAGCCACGCCAAUGGCAGUGCACUUGUGCGAAUGGCCCUCAUAAAGGAUGCGCUGCAGCAGAGGAAGGUCGACCAGAGGGUUUGUAAUGCAAUUACGAAGAGUCAUCCACAGAGGAGUGAUGUUUACAAAUCAGAUUUGGAUAAGACACUGCCCAAUAUCCAAGAAAUACAAGCGGCCUUUGUAAAACUGAAACAACUGUGCGUUAAUGAGCCUUUUGAAGAAACAGAAGAGAAAUGGUUGUCUUCACUGGAAAGCGCGCGGUGGCUGGAAUAUGUAAGGACAUUCCUGAAACAUUCAGCAGAACUUGUGUACACGCUAGAAAGCAAGCGAGUCUCUGUGGUCCUCCAAGAGGAGGAGGGAAGAGACUUGAGCUGCAUUGUUGCUUCUCUCAUUCAAGUGAUGCUGGACCCUCACUUCAGGACAAUUCCCGGGUUCCAGAGUCUGAUACAGAAGGAGUGGGUCAUGGCCGGGUAUCAGUUCCUGGACAGGUGCAACCACUUGAAGAGAUCAGAGAAGGAGUCUCCGUUGUUCCUGCUGUUCCUGGACGCCACGUGGCAGCUGCUGCAGCAGCACCCUGCUGCCUUCGAGUUCUCAGAGACCUACCUGGCCGUGCUGGGCGACAGCACCCACAUCUCGCUGUUCGGCACCUUCCUGUUCAACUCUCCGCACCAGCGGGUGAAGCAGAGCACAGAAUUUGCCAUAAGCAAAAAUAUUCAGUUAGGUGAUGAAAAGGGUUUAAAGUUCCCCUCGGUUUGGGACUGGUCUCUUCAGUUCACAGCGAAGGAUCGCACGCUCUUCCACAACCCCCUGUACGUCGGAAGGAGCAUGCCCCGAGUGCAGAACGGCUCGGGGAAGCCCUUCAAACGGACCAAGAAAAACUACAGCUCCACCCUGAGAGGAGUGCCGGCCUCCUUCAAAAACGGGAUCCUCAGUGACCAAGAGUCCCUUCCACGGAGGAACUCAUUAAUAUUGAAAGUAAAGCCAGACCCUGUGCCGCAGGCUGACGGCCAGGACGGCAGUAUGGAGCAGUUCUUCCGGGAAUGGUUCUCCAAACCGGCCGACCUGCACGGUGUUCUUCUGCCACACGUGUCUGGGAUGCACAUAAAGCUGUGGAAACUGUGCUACUUCCGCUGGGUCCCCGAGGCCCAGAUCAGCCGCGGGGGCUCCAUCACUGCCUUCCACAAGCUCUCGCUGCUGGCCGACGAAGUGGACGUGCUCAGCAGGACGCUGCGGCAGCACCGGGCCGGCCCCCUGGAGGCCUGCUACGCAGAGCUGGACCAGAGCAGGAUGUACUUCCGGGCCAGCGGCCCCCACGACACCUCGGGGACGCCAGAGUUUCUCUCCUCCUCAUUUCCCUUCUCCCCGGUCGGCAAUCUGUGCAGACGAAGCAUUUCAGGAACACCAUUGAGCAAGUUUUUAAGUGGGGCCAAAAUAUGGUUAUCUACCGAGACACUAGCAAAUGAAGACUGAAAGGGUGUUUUCUGACUCUUGAGGAGCUGGACGCUUUUUUCCUCUGAAUUAGAGUUGCUCACCCAGGCAUUUGAAGCUCUAAUAACUUUAUAUGUAAGAACAACCGUUGAAAUUUGCACUAAUGUUUAAAAACAUGUUCAAUUAUGCUUCCUUCACUCUUUAGAAGGUAGGCCUGGACUUCGGUUUUGAUGUCCUUUCCCUGUCGUUGUAGGUCUGGCUCAUUCUGAGGCGAUGUGCCGGCAGAUGUGCCCACAUCUUGUUACUGUGAUCAAACUCUCCGGAUCUGUCUGCACCCCUUGUUCCUGCUGCCUUCAGAAGGCUCCCCGAUCCUCAGGCUAGUGACCCAGAGGAGCCCCUGUCAGGAGCGCUGAGCAGUCAGGGCUGGGCAUGUUUCUGAGAAGCACGGAUAAACCCCCACCGGCAUUAGGGGGUAUCUGUGCAUCUUUCUGGUCCCCUUCUGUCGUCUCUGAUUGGACCCGCCUGAGGGUGCAGUGUCCAAUGCCGUAACUUAUUUCUGACCACUUUGGGACCGUAAAUCACUGUGUCUUAAAAUCCUGAGUUUGCUCUCUCAACUUCUUAGGACUAACUCUCAAAUGAUGUGCACUGUUAACUUGAAAAGCAAUUGCUGUAGAUAGUAUAAUUAAACUUAGAAGUGCCUUUGACAUUAAUAUCAAGGUAAGAGAAACAGUAAAAUACAAUUUGUUUUUUAAAUUAGGGAGUUUACCCCCCCCCCCCGCCACACACACACACACAUCGAAAACAGGCUUUUCACACUGAGUUCAUACCAAUAACCAGGAGUGCCCGAAGCCACAUUUGCACCCGCACCCCGAAAGUCUGUGAGGGCACAGCAGACCUGUGGGUGGUGGUCUGCCCGCACUUUGGGGGGCCGUCUGUAGUGAGCCCACCCUCUUGAAGAGGGCUUUCUCCUCAGUAUUUUCAGCCAGUGCAGCUGGCUGUCAUUGGCACUUUCCCUGGGAAACAACCAAUGAGGCCACAAGUCCGGUCACCUUCCCCGAAGUCCCUCCUCCCAGAGAGCGUCCUCAGAGCUCAAGAGGAGAGAACCAGAGAAAUAAAAACACACUCUCAGCCAUGGCUGGUGUGGCUUAGUGGAUUGAGCACUGGUCUGCGAACCAAGGGGUUGCCAGUUCGAUUCCCAGUCAGGGCACAUGCCUGUGUUGCGGGCUAGGCCAGGUCCCUGGUGGGGGUGCAUGAGAUGCAACCACACACUGAUAUUGCUGUCCUCUUCCUCCCUUUUUCUAGGGAUGAAUAAAAAAAAUCUUUAAACAAAGUAACAAAGAAGAAAUGCCCUCUCAAAGCCCCAUCAUUUUAAUAGAUAGCAAGAGACCUUUCCCCCGCCAAACCCUGAUACUGAUACAGCAAUAUCAAGAGGAGACUGAGCAGCAGAGGGGCGGGUCGUCUUGGUCAGGAACGCCCGUUUUCCAGUCAUGCGCAAGAGCCAAAGCUGGGGCAUCAGGGUGUAACCUGUGACAAGGCGUGUGGCACCACUCCCAGCAUUCCCCACUCCCUGUUUAAAGGACGAGCGUUUUCACAUUGCUCUUACCUGGUUUCUUAAACUGCCACCGUGAACUUUAAAGAAAAUUUUAUAGUAGUGUCUGGUUAGCUUAUUUCCCUCUCUAAAACAAGUGUUUUACCUGCCUUUGUGAUGAAUAGCUGUUUCUUUUUUAAUUAUUUGCCUUGUAAGUUGUUUGGUAGUGUCUCUGGACUUAAAGGGACAGAGUUCCUACACAGCAUCUUCGAGAACUCAUCUUGCGUAGAAACUCAGUGUUUCUCCCAUGGGUCACCGAGAACAUGAGGGCUCUUUCCGGCUGUUCGGACAGCAUCGUUGCCAUUGAACAUUUCAGAGUCCUUUUCAGAAUCCUGUCCCAGUCCCCCCAAAACACCACAGCCAGUUUUCAGUCUCUGAACGCAUGCAGUUCAUUAUUCUUUUUCAUCAGCUACUGCUUUACUACAAAUCGUAAGUUCGUUACUUUCGGAGAGGGUUGAGCAUUGUUUUCUCUAUAAUUUUCUUCCCUUCACACAUUUAUUGCAACUCCUCAAGUAACUUGAUUUACAGAUUUAAAAACAAUUAGGUACUAUGAAUACUGUUUUCAGAUAGAAAUUGUGCGUAUUUUUGUAUGAUAAAUGUAGUAAAAUACGGUUUUCCGUGUUAUUUUGUGGGAGGUUCUAUCGUGAUUACUGUGCUGCAGUGUACUGUGCACCGUAUGAAAAACAGCUUCCACGGCCUCAGUCCUGGCCGCUGCAGAGCUGCCUGGUGCCCCCGGGAGCUCCCAGGACGUGGGGUCAGUGCGCUCCCCAGAGUGAGCCUCCCACUCGGUCCCAGAGUCCCGUGAGGGAAGCUGGGCCCCGUGGGCGCCAGACAGCUGGGAUUUCUAGUACUGAGCUUAAAGAUGUACAGUGUCUUACUGUUGUUUUACAAUGGAAACCAACUUUAAAACCAAAAAUGUCUAACUUUAUUUAAGAGAAGUAUAUUAAUUUGUGCUAACAGAGGGUGAAAACCAUUCAGCACAUCCUCCAGCCAAGUCGGCUUGCUGUAGCAGUAACCUCAAGUAGUUAAAACUUGACUUUGAGAGACAACUAACACCUUUGUGCCUAAAAUUGACUAUGACUUGAGUUCAAAGUAGGAGGGGCAGGAAGAAAGGUUUUGUUGUUCAGCAGUAAUGAAUGUGAAGGAAAUUCUGCCUGUUCAAUAAAAUCUGUCUUUGGUCGGA